CUGGUAUAGUCUUUCUGCGAAACCCCAAAACUUCCCGCUUCCUCUGCUCGUCGCCGAAAUAAAAGCGUUUGGGAGAAGGAUACUUGGGCGAGUGUGUAUAUCUAUCAGCGAGAGAGAGAGAGCCAGAGGGAGGAGAUGAAGAUAGAAGAAGUGCAGUCCGCCACUAAGAAGCAGCGAAUAGCUACUCAUACACAUAUCAAAGGCCUUGGUCUUGAGGCCAAUGGAAGGGCGAUACCUAUGGCCGCUGGGUUUGUGGGUCAGGUGGGGGCUAGGGAAGCAGCAGGUCUUGUUGUUGACAUGAUACGCCAAAAAAAGAUGGCUGGCCGGGCGCUCUUGCUGGCAGGCCCUCCUGGCACAGGGAAGACUGCGUUAGCCCUUGGAAUAUCUCAGGAACUUGGAAGCAAGGUACCAUUCUGCCCAAUGGUUGGAUCAGAAGUAUAUUCCUCAGAAGUCAAGAAAACCGAGGUUCUAAUGGAAAACUUUAGAAGGGCUAUAGGUCUUCGUAUAAAGGAAAACAAGGAGGUCUAUGAAGGAGAGGUUACUGAACUCUCUCCAGAAGAAAGUGAGAGCACGACUGGUGGAUAUGGUAAAAGCAUCAGUCAUGUAAUCAUUGGGCUGAAAACUGUCAAAGGCACGAAACAAUUGAAGUUAGACCCAACUAUUUACGAUGCUCUGAUUAAGGAAAAGGUUGCUGUUGGUGAUGUUAUAUAUAUUGAGGCAAAUAGUGGAGCGGUUAAGAGGGUUGGUAGGAGUGAUGCUUUUGCUACCGAAUUUGAUCUCGAGGCUGAAGAGUAUGUUCCACUUCCGAAGGGAGAGGUUCACAAGAAGAAGGAGAUAGUUCAGGUCUGAGUUAUUUCCACUACA